CCACCAGUUCUUAUGCAGUGAAAAGAAGAAAAAAAGUUAAUUUUUUAUUAUUUAGGGCUUGGAAAGAAGAAGCGAAAAUGGCAGACGGUAGCACAGCCACCUGCAUAGAUAUCAUCUUGGCCAUCAUCUUGCCUCCGCUUGGAGUCUUCCUCAAGUUUGGUUGCCAUGUGGAGUUCUGGAUCUGUCUUGUACUGACCCUCUUCGGGUACAUCCCUGGUAUCAUUUAUGCUAUCUACGCCAUCACCAAAUAGACAAGUGGAGAUGGGGAGUAGGAUUGUUGUUUGUUUGAAUGCGUG